ACAGGGAGGUCAUGCCCAUGGGUUUAUGCCACUACCAGCCAUGGGUCUUUGGGGAAUACUUUGCCUUUUAAUUUUCCUGGACAAAACUUGGGGACAGGAACAAACCUACGUCAUUUCAGCGCCCAAAAUCUUCCGGGUCGGCUCAUCUCAAAAUGUGGUAAUUCAAGCCCAUGGCUACACUGAAGCAUUUGAUGCAACUCUCUCUCUAAAAAGCUAUCCUGACAAAAAGGUGACCUUCUCUUCAGGCUACACUAACUUGUCCCCGGAAAACAAAUUCCAAAACUCGGCACUGUUGACACUACAGCCCAGUCAAGUUCCUAGAGAAGAAAGCCCAGUCUCUCACGUGUAUCUGGAAGUUGUGUCAAAACACUUUUCAAAAGCAAAGAAAAUACCAAUUACCUAUGACAAUGGAAUUCUCUUCAUCCAUACGGACAAACCUGUCUACACUCCAGACCAGUCAGUAAAGAUUAGAGUCUAUUCUCUGAGUGACGACUUGAAGCCAGCCAAACGGGAGACUGUCUUAACUUUCAUAGACCCCGAAGGAGCAGAAGUUGACAUCGUAGAAGAAAAUGAUUAUACCGGAAUUAUCUCUUUUCCUGACUUCAAGAUUCCAUCUAAUCCUAAGUAUGGCGUUUGGACAAUUAAAGCUAACUAUAAGAAGGAUUUUACAACAACUGGAACUGCAUACUUUGAAAUUAAAGAAUAUGUCUUGCCACGAUUCUCUGUUUUAAUAGAACCAGAAAGUAACUUCAUUGGCUAUAAAAACUUUAGGAACUUUGAAAUCACUGUGAAAGCAAGAUAUUUUUAUAAUAAAGCGGUCUCUGAUGCUGAAGUGUAUGUCUUUUUUGGAUUGAGAGAGGACAUAAAAGAGGAUGAGAAGCAGAUGAUGCACAAAGCCACGCAAGCUGCAAAUUUGAUUGACGGAGUUGCUCAGAUCUCUUUUAAUUCUGAAACAGCAGUUAAAGAGCUGUUCUACAACAGCCUAGAAGACUUAAACAACAAGUACCUUUAUAUUGCUGUAACAGUCACAGAAACUUCAGGUGGAUUUUCAGAAGAGGCAGAAAUCCCCGGCAUCAAAUAUGUCAUCUCUCCCUACACACUGAAUUUGGUCGCUACCCCUCUUUUUGUGAAGCCGGGGAUUCCAUUUUCCAUCAAGGCACAGGUGAAGGAUUCGCUCGAGCAGACGGUAGGAGGGGUCCCAUUAAUGCUGAUGGUACAAACAGUCAAUGUGAAUCAAGAGACAACUGACUUGGAAACAAAGAGGAGCAUCACGCACGCCUCUGAUGGAGUAGCUUUGUUUGUGGUGAACGUCCCAUCAAACGUGACGGCGCUGAAGUUUGAGGUCAGAACCGAUGCCCCAGAACUUCCCGAAGAAAAUCAAGUCAGCAGGGAGUACGAAGCAGUGGCCUACUCGUCUCUCAGUCAAAGUUACCUUUACAUCGCUUGGACUGAAAACUACAAGCCCAUGCUUGUGGGAGAAUACCUGAAUAUUAUGGUUACCCCCAAGAGCCCAUAUAUCGACAAAAUAACUCACUAUAAUUACUUGAUUUUAUCCAAAGGCAAAAUUGUACAGUAUGGCACAAGAAAGAAACUUUUCUCUUCAACUUAUCAAAAUAUAAACAUUCCAGUGACACAGAACAUGGUUCCUUCAGCACGACUCCUGGUCUAUUACAUAGUCACGGGGGAGCAGACAGCAGAAUUAGUGGCUGACGCAGUCUGGAUAAAUAUUGAGGAGAAGUGUGGCAACCAGCUCCAGGUCCGUCUGUCUCCAGAUGAAUAUAUGUAUUCUCCAGGCCAAACUGUGUCCCUUGACAUGGUGACUGAAGCAGACUCGUGGGUAGCACUAUCCGCAGUGGACAGAGCUGUGUAUAACGUCCAGGGAAAAGCCAAAAGGGCCAUGCAAAGAGUCUUUCAAACUUUGGAUGAUAAGAGUGACCUGGGCUGUGGGGCAGGUGGUGGCCAUGACAAUGCAGAUGUAUUCCACCUAGCUGGGCUCACUUUCCUCACCAACGCAAACGCAGAUGACUCCCAUUACCACGACGACUCUUGUAAAGAAAUUCUCAGGCCAAAGAGAGACCUGCAUCACCUAAAGCAGAAAAUAAAAGAACAAGCUGCUAAGUACAAACACCCCGUGCCAAGGAAAUGCUGCUAUGACGGAGCCCGAGUGAACUUCUACGAAACCUGUGAGGAGCGAGUGGCCCGGGUUACCUUAGGCCCUCUCUGCAUCAGGGCCUUCAUCGAGUGCUGUACUACUGCGACCAAGAUCCGAAAAGAAAGCCCCCAUAAGCCUGUCCAGCUGGGAAGGAUCCACAUUAAGACCCUGUUACCAGUGAUGAAGGCAGAUAUCCGAAGCUACUUUCCAGAGAGCUGGCUAUGGGAAGUUCAUCGUGUUCCCAAAAGAAACCAGCUGCAGGUCGUGCUGCCUGACUCACUAACGACCUGGGAAAUUCAAGGCAUUGGCAUUUCAGACAAUGGUAUAUGUGUUGCUGAUACACUCAAGACAAAGGUGUUCAAAGAAAUCUUCCUGGAGAUGAACAUACCGUAUUCUGUUGUACGAGGAGAACAGAUCCAAUUGAGAGGAACUGUUUACAACUAUAUGACCUCAGGGACAAAGUUCUGUGUUAAAAUGUCUGCUGUGGAGGGGAUCUGCACUUCAGGAAGCUCAGCUGCUAGCCAUCACACCUCCAGGCCCUCCAGAUGUGUGCCCCAGAGGAUAGAGGGUUCGUCCAGUCACUUGGUGACCUUCAGCCUGCUUCCUCUGGAAAUUGGCCUUCACUCCAUAAACUUCUCACUUGAGACCUCAUUUGGGAACGAAAUCUUAGUAAAGACAUUACGGGUAGUGCCAGAAGGAGUCAAGAGGGAAAGCUCUGCCGGCGGGACUCUGGACCCUAAGGGAAUUCGUGGUAUUGUUACCAGACGAAAGGAAUUCCCAUACAAGAUACCAUUAGAUUUGGUCCCCAAGACCAAAGUUGAAAGGAUUUUGAGUGUCAAAGGGCUGCUUAUAGGGGAGUUCUUGUCCACGGUUCUGAGUAAGGAAGGCAUCGACAUACUAACCCACCUCCCCAAGGGUAGUGCUGAGGCAGAGCUCAUGAGCAUAGUUCCAGUGUUCUAUGUUUUCCACUACCUGGAAGCAGGAAACCAUUGGAAUAUUUUCUAUCCUGAUACAUUGAGUAAAAAACAGAGCCUGAAGAAAAAAAUAAAAGAAGGGAUGGUGAGCGUCAUGUCCUACAGAAACGCUGACUAUUCCUACAGCAUGUGGAAAGGGGCGAGCGCUAGUACCUGGCUGACAGCUUUUGCUCUGAGAGUGCUUGGACAGGUGGCCAAGUAUGUAAAACAGGAUGAAAACUCAAUUUGUAACUCUUUGCUAUGGCUGGUCGAGAAGUGUCAGCUGGAAAACGGAUCUUUCAAGGAAAAUUCCCAAUAUCUACCAAUAAAAUUACAGGCUGAUGCUGGGGAAGGAAAGAUAACUGUCUUCUGCUCUUGCUUCCAGAAAAUCUACACAGCGCUAGAUAAAGCCGACUCCUUCCUGCUUGAAAACGCCCUGCCAUCCAAGAGCACCUUCACACUGGCCAUUGUAGCCUAUGCUCUUUCCCUAGGAGACACAACCCACCAGAGGCUUCGUCUAAUCGUGUCAACCCUGAAGAAGGAAGCUUUUGUUAAAGGUGAUCCACCUGUUUACCGUUACUGGAGGGAUACUCUCAACCAUCCAGACAGCUCUGUGCCCAACAGCGGCACAGCAGGUAUGGUUGAAACCACGGCCUAUGCUUUGCUCGCCAGCCUGAAACUGAAGGAUAUGAAUUACGUCAACCCGAUCAUCAAGUGGCUAUCUGAAGAGCAGAGGUAUGGAGGCGGCUUUUAUUCCACCCAGGAUACAAUUAAUGCCAUCGAGGGCCUGACAGAAUAUUCACUCCUGAUGAAACAACUUCAUUUGGAUAUGGACAUCAAUGUCUCCUACAAACACAAAGGUGACUUGCACAAGUAUAAGGUGACAGAGAAGCAUUUCCUGGGGAGGCCAGUGGAGGUACCUCUCAAUGAUGACAUUGUUGUCACCACAGGCCACAGCAGUGGCCUGGCCACAGUAUACGUAAAAACUGUGGUUCACAAAACUAGUGUCUCUGAUGAAUUUUGCAGCUUUUAUUUGAAAAUUGAUACCCAAGAUGUUGAAGCAUCCAGCCACUCCAGGCUCAGUGACUCUGAAUACAAGCUCAUAAUAGCAUGUGCCAGCUACAAGCCCAGCAAGGAGGAGUCGACAUCCGGGUCCUCCCAUGCGGUAAUGGAUAUAUCACUGCCGACUGGAAUGGAAGCAAACCACGAAGAUUUACGUGCUCUUGUGGAAGGAGUGGAUCAACUACUAACUAAUUACCAGAUCAAAGAUGGCCAUGUCAUUCUGCAACUGAAUUCGAUCCCCUCUAGAGAUUUCCUCUGUGUCCGGUUCCGGAUAUUUGAACUUUUCCGAGUUGGCUUUCAGAAUCCUGCUACCUUCACGGUGUAUGAGUAUCACAGACCAGAUAAGAAGUGCACCAUGAUUUAUAGCAUUUCUGAUACCAGGCUUCAGAGAGUCUGUGAAGGAGCGGAUUGCAAAUGCGUGGAAGUUGACUGUGCGCAACUGCAGGCAGAAGUGGACCUGGCCAUCUCUGCAGACUCCAGGAAAGAAAAAGCCUGUACACCAGAGAUUGCAUAUGCUUAUAAGGUCAGGAUCACAUCAGCCACUGUAGAAAACAUUUUCGUCAAGUACACUGCGAGUCUUCUGGCUUCUUACAAAACAGGGGAAGCUGCUGCUGAGGACUCUGAGGUCACCUUCAUUAAAAAGAUGAGCUGUACCAAUGCCGACCUGGUGAAAGGGAAGCAGUAUUUAAUCAUGGGCAAAGAGGUUCUGCAGAUCAAACACAAUUUCAGUUUCAAGUAUAUACACCCUCUAGAUUCCUCCACCUGGAUUGAAUAUUGGCCCACAGACACAACGUGUCCAUCCUGUCAAGCAUUUGUAGCAAAUUUGAAUGACUUUGCUGAAGACCUCUUUUUAAACGGCUGUGAAAAUUUCGGAUGAGCGAGGAUUCCUCCUGCCUGCAGCAUGAGUCGCUCCUCCUAGGAGCCAGGCUGUCUUGGAAACCUAGCCUAGAAUCCGAUAAACUUUCUUUAGAGUAAAGCACAAGCUGAUGAGUUACAACUUUGUGAAAUGCUAUAGCCUUGAGGGGAGGCGAAGACAGGUCCCCCAAGGCUAUGGGACAUCAGUACCAAUAAACUGAAACAACUCUGUAAUGUUAGCAGUCUGGGGCAUUUGUUGGGGCGGGAAAAAGAGACCCACUGAAAUUGUAGCCCCUUAUCAAAACAUGGCCUUGCUUGAAAGAAAAAUACCAAGGACAGAAAAUGCCAUAAAAUCUUGACUUUGCACUCAA